AUGAGCGCCAACCCCCAGUGGGACAUCAGCCGGGCGCUGGGAGUGGCCAGGCUCUUCCACUUGGUGUGUGGGGUUCGGGAGGCCACCGUGACCCCGUUCCUGACCCUCUACCUGAGGCAGCUGGGCUUGGCCGCGCCCUGGGUGGGCAUCCUCAUGGGAACGAAGCACCUCAUCGCAGCCUUUUGGGCUCCCUUCUGUGCCUCCCUGGCCAGAAGCUACCAGAAAAGGAGGGUGCUUCUGCUAGGCUCGCUGCUGGGCUCGGGGGGAGCCAGCAUGCUGAUGGUGCUGGUGCCGCCGCGGGACAAAGAUCCGGGGUACCGCUCCUGUAAUGGCAGCCACAGCGCGACCCCCACAGUCCUACCACCGGAGGUCGCGCCGGCUAUGACCCUCACCUCGGCCCAACCGGCCUCAAGCCGCCCAGCGGGGGCGCCCAACCUCCUGGCCAAGAGGAGUAAUGGGACCAGGGUCGCCUCUGGCUUCGGAAAAGCGCGGAGGGAAAGUGCCCAGGAACCUUUCAGUCAUCUGCCCAGGCACUUUGUGGAUCCUGCUGAAGGAGCCAAGACCAGAGCCGAAGUUCUCCAUCCUAUCACCUCAGGGUGGAAAGAUACUCCCUGGGAAGGAGCUUUGAAGGUGGUCGGUACAGCCCAUCCUUUGCUUGCUGGGGGUACAGCCCUGGGGAAUCCAGCCAACUUGUCCGCUGCCAAGGGGAACUCAGGAGCCCUUGAGCUCUCCUUGGAAGGGUUGCGAUGGACUUUCAUUCUCUCCUUGGGGUUCGUGGUGUUCUGGGAGCUGCUGACCGCCCCUCUGGAGCAGGUGGCGGAUGACAGCCUUUUUGAAUACCUGGAUUUUGUGGACGCCACUGACCGUUACAGACACCUGUGGAUAUGGAGGCCGCUGGGCGCGUCAGCAGGCGUGUGUGGCAUUGCAGCCCUGGCGGAGCAGCUGGACUGCUCCCUGAGGCCGAGUGGCCCCCGGGGUGUGGUGCACUUCUAUGGCUACUCGCUGGUCAGCAGCCUGGCGUUACUGGUGAGCAUUGCUUUUCCUGUCCCCGUCUGCAGGCCGCAGGAGCCCAGCUACAGAGCCGUCAAAGUGCUGUCUCUGGUGGAGGGCGACCCCCGCCUCGUUCUCCUAGCCUCCACUGCCUUUCUGGUAGGAGCCGCCACCAGCACAGCACAGAACUUUCUGUUCUGGCACAUGCAGGACCACGGCAGCAGUGAGCUGGUUAUGGGUUUCUCGGUUGCCCUGGGCUUGCUGGGGGAAAUUCUGCUUCACCCGUUCAAAACCACGUUGCUUAGGAAACUGUCCAGAGCAGGAACGGUGGGGCUGGGGCUGGGCUGCCUCUCAGGGCAGCUGCUGUACUACUCUUUCCUCUGGAACUGGUGGUCCGUCCUCCCUGUUCAGAUCCUGAGUGCCGUCAGCAGUGGGGCUCUGUGGUGGGCAGUGGGAGCUUCGAUAGGGGACCUGGCCUCCCCCAGAACGGAGAGACCUCUGAGUGCGGUGUUCCGGGGCCUCUUCUACGGGGGCGGAGCCAGCCUGGGCAGCUUUGUGGGGGGCUUCGUGGUGAAGCGCUUCAGCCUGAACGUGCUCUACCAGGCCAGCUGCGUGGUCCUCUUGCUCUGGCUGACUCUGUUCCUGUCCAUCUGGCCAAGGCUGCCCCAGGAGCGGAAAAUCAACUACUCGAAGCUGCUGACCGUGGAGGCAAGUGACACAAGCGACUCUGAGCAGGGGCUGGAACGGGACUGGCUUGUGAAGGCCACGAGGGAGGACCACUCAGACUGGAAGGGCUGAGGGAAAGUCAGGGUGUGCUGACCUGGGAAGGAGCCAAAGCACUGGACGAAACUCGGCCC